AUGGCCAUCGGAACACAGGAACCCGUAGACGUGGACCGUGAGAAGCUACGGGCUAUCCGAGAAAAGUAUGACCAGGAAGCUGCCAAAAGACUCAGGCCCGAUGGCUCCGCACAGUUUGUGCAGCUGGCAGGGGCAGACGAAGAACGGCUUCGCUUCCUAGCUGAAGACCCAUGGGUAGAUCAUGAAUCGUUGAAUGCUCGGGAGUCACCCAUCAACAGCAAUUCCGUAUACAAGUACUUCGCGGUGGGGGCGGGUUAUGGAGGCCUUCAAUUCGCCAUCCGUCUCAUCGAGCGAGGAAUCGCCACACCCGACGACAUUCGCCUUGCCGACGCCGGUGGUGGGUUUGGGGGCACAUGGUAUUGGAACAGAUUUCCGGGCCUCCAUUGCGACGUCGAGAGCUACAUCUACAUGCCCCUUCUUGAAGAGACAGGAUACAUACCGACAAAGAAAUACGCCCCGGGCGAGGAAAUUCGAUUGUACGCAGAACGCAUCGCGGCACGGUGGGGCUUAUCCGACAAAGUGCUGUUCCGUUCCAACGUCAGAAGCAUCAGAUGGGACGACCAGGUACAGCUCUGGACAAUCAACGUCCUGCAGGGACGGGGGCCGUCGGCCGCACCAAUCGAAAUCGAAUUCCGUGCUGAAUACGUCUAUCUUGCCGCCGGCGUUCUGACGCGGCCACAGAUCCCCAGCAUCCCUGGCCUGAUGUCCUUCUCCGGGCCUAUCUUCCAUACCGCUCGCUGGAACUACGCGGUAUCCGGAGGCUCUCCCUCCAACCAGGUUCUCGAAGGUCUCAGGGGGAAGAGGGUUGGCGUCGUCGGUACUGCCGCUACCUCAAUCGCUGUCGUUCCCGAAGUCGCCAAGUACGCCGGGGAGCUCUUCGUCAUCCAGCGGACGCAGGCCUAUGUCAAGGCGCGCGGACAGCAUGAUACGGAUCCCCAAGAAUUCAGGUUCCUCACCAACUCCGCCAGGCCGGGAGAGGAAAACCUGAUCAAGGACGAGUGGACGACUAUGCCUGCUUAUUCGGCCCUGAUGGGAUCGCCCAGUCACGGGAUAGUCGACCCGGCGCCAGACAGCAUCGAAAGACUUGUCGAGGCAUUCCACAUCAUGGACCUACCUCAUAUGGAAGCCAUCAGGGACAGGGUUGAUAAGCUCGUCAAGGACCCGGACACGGCCGCAAAGCUCAAGCCAUGGUAUCCCUCGUGGUGCAAGCGGCCGACGUUCAGCGACGCGUACCUGCAGGCUUUCAACCAGCCCAACGUCCACCUCGUCGACACGGACGGGAAGGGUCCAUCCAGGGCAACUGACGGGGGGCUGGUGGUUGGCGACAAGGAAUACCCACUUGACAUCAUCAUAUUCGGCACCGGGUACAACAUCGCGGGACGAGGGAGCGGGAGCCCUGCAACUCGGACAGGUGUCGAGAUUGUAGGCAGAAACGGUCGGUCCCUGGAUGACAAGUGGAAAGAGGGCGGUGCCGCUACUCUGCACGGCUAUGCCACCAACGGGUUCCCUAACCUCUUCUUCUCGGGCACCUCCCAGGCUACGGUGACGGGUAACAAUGUGUGGAUGCUAGGCCUCAUUGCCGAGCAUGUCACAUUCAUCAUAGCACAGGCGCAGCGUCGUGUCGGCCCCGAUCGGCGGGCAAUCCUCGAGGUCACCAGGGAAGCUGAAGAAGCUCACACGGCGGAGGUGGUGAGACGGGCCCCCUUCUUCUCGGCCCUUGCAGGAUGCACACCGGGCUACUUCAACGGACACGGUGACGCUACCCUGGUUACAGACCCCAAGGAGAAACAGAAGAGGGCACGCAACGUGGUGUGGUCGGAGGGUACUGUAUCCUUCCUUGAGUAUAUCCAGAAGUGGCGAGACGAAGGGUCGCUCAAGGGAGUGGACAUUGUUCCAGCUCGGGAUUGA